AUGCAUUCGACCACCUUGCCGCGGUUGCCCAUCUUCGAGGCUAUUGUAAAACAUGACCCCCAGUCAACCGCAGUCAUUCACUCCUCCUCGGGGAGAACCUUCACAUACGGCGAAUUGCUAGGGGAUAUACGGAAGGCGCGGGAGCGAUUUUAUGAAGCCAGUGGGAAGAAGGACUUGAAUGGGGAGAGAAUAGCCUUUCUUGUCGGGAAUAGCUACGACUAUGUUGUCACCUUGCUCGCUGUGCUUGCGGCGCGGUCCAUCGCAGUCCCCAUGUCUCCUGCGUUCCCGGCGCCAGAGCUACAAUAUAUCCUUGACCACAGUGAAGCGGCGCUUCUCGUCUCCUCGCCCAGGUUCGCAUCCAAGGCAGCGGAGGUCCUAGCCACGGAUCUAACUACCAAACCUGCUCAUCUUGAACUAAAGAAACAUGAGGGUGGCGGCAUGUGUGAAGUCGUUUCGUUGGAGGAGGGCUCGGAUCCAGCUGGUGCCGGGCUGAUGCUAUACACUUCCGGAACCACCAACAGACCUAAAGGCGUCCUCUUACCGCAAUCAGCCCUAACCGCCCAGUCACGCUCCCUCAUAGAAGCAUGGAAAUACACCCCAGCAGACCACCUCCUCCAUGUCCUCCCCCUCCACCACAUCCAUGGCACCGUCAACGCCGUCAUCACGCCCUUGUUCGCCGGCUCGUCCGUCGAAUUCAUGUUUCCCUUCAACGCCGAUGCUGUAUGGAAACGUCUUGCGGCACCAUUCCUCCCCACAAACGGCACCAACCGCCCCCACGGCACGACAAAACCUCCCAAUUCAAAAGUCACCUUCCUCACCGUCGUUCCUACAGUCUACAGCCGCCUUCUCGCCAGCCACAAGCUCUUACCUCAUCCCAUCCAAGCCGCCGCUCGAGAGGCCAUCUCCCCUGCAAACAUGCGCGUCAACAUCUCCGGCUCGGCUGCCCUCCCCACGCCUAUCAAGACUGCCUGGUCAGAUCUCAGCCACGGCAAUGUCCUCCUCGAGCGCUACGGCAUGACGGAAGUCGGCAUGGCACUCAGUUGCGGCCUCUCCUUCACCGACCGCAUCGACGCCUCUGUCGGUUGGCCCUUGCCCUCGGUCCAAGCACGUCUCAUGGACGUGGACACGGGUGAAAUCAUCCCCCUCGGUGGCGAGGUCGAUUCCCAAGGCCGGGAACGCUCUGGUGAGAUCCAGCUUCGCGGGCCAACCGUAUUCAAGGAAUACUGGCGGAACCCCUCUGCCACGGCCAAGGAGUUCAUCCCCGACUCCGACGGCCGGGGCUCCUGGUUCAAAACAGGUGACGUCGCCAUUCGCCGCGCCGUCCCCGCCGCCUCGCACAGCCAGCCGUGGACCAAGGGCCCGCUGUACUUCAUCCAGGGCCGCCUCACGGCUGACAUCAUCAAGACGGGUGGCGAAAAGGUCUCUGCGCUGGAAGUAGAGCGCGAACUCCUCAGUCUGCCAGAGGUGUCAGAGGCUGCUGUCGUCGCAGUUCCCAGCGGAAACUGGGGCCAGAAGGUCGGCGCUGUGCUCAUUAUCAACAGGGACGUGGUUCAAAAGUGGUCGCCCUUGGACAUGAGGCGCGCGCUGAAGAGCAGGUUAGCGAAUUAUAAGAUUCCGCAGGUCAUGAAGAUUGUGGAACAUAUUCCGAGGAACGCCAUGGGCAAGAUUAAUAAGAAACAGCUGGUGAAGGAGAUCUUUGCGGAUGAACACAGCGGUGACGAGCUGUAG